AUGAUACCGCGGGCGGCACAAAUACGCCAGCAGCAGGCGAAUGAAAGGCGCGCCAGGCUUGAGGAAAGCGCAGCCCGUGCGUCUCGAGAGGACAUGUUUGCACGACACAAUGUUAUGCGGGGCGUGCGAAUUGCGGGCUCACGUUUUGCAAACACCAACCGACACACACGCCGAGACCCAAACCGAGGCAUUAUUACACAAACCGAGUGGAACGAGUUGGUAGAACAGCAUGAAGAUUCGGGUUUUAGGUUUAGAACUUUCUUUUUUGGACUUCUCAUAUUUGCCGUUGCUGUACUGGCACUCGCGAAGUACGACAUGGAGUUUAAUGUGGAGCCCCCUCAAAUUGAAAGCGGGAGGGGGUUUGGGGAAAUUACAUCUGAAAAAGGCACGGGCAUUAAUAUUGAGGAGUUGGAGAAGUACUAUGAAACGCUCGGUGUGAAGGGUCGACUUCGUCCCGGUGAAGCACAAGCGGGGGUUGAAAAAGGGGAAGAAGAUGCGGAUAAGGAGCGCCGACGAGAAAAUUACCGGGUCCGCAAAGAAAUUCGUCAAGCGUAUAAGGAGCAUCAACAACAGCGAGGGCAACUUGUGCAUUGUGGCCGAUCUUGUGAGGCCAAAAGCAAACAGGUGGAGUUGGCUUAUAAUCGCCUGGCUUCUCAAGUGGACCGUGAACUUUACGGGGUUUUGCUGGACGCGAAGGACACAAAGUCAAAACGGUCUUUAGACGCCGCAGAUUUAAAGCAGGCUUAUGAAGCAAAGAAGAAGGAAGUGGAGGAGAAUGAAAAGGAAGAAGAAGAUCGAGAGAUGGCGCUGGAGGAACUGAAGGAUGCGUAUGAUAUUCUUGUGAAUCCAGAGGCCAGGAACUAUUAUCUUCUGUAUGGUAUGAAGCCGCCGGAGCAUAUGCGUCACAUGAGUGCUAGAAGUGGUGGUUGGGGGCAGGAAAUUUCACUGGGCGUGUACAAGAACCGUGUUAUACUGGCUUGGCUGGAUUUUCUUCAUGACUACAUUGGGCUUUGGGGGGAAACGAUGGUUAUACUUGCUGCUUUGGCAUUCGUGCUUUCACGUGUUCCAACGGCUUUGAGACAGUCCCAACGUCUGCUGGAUGAUAUGGAUUGGGAGGCUUCUGUGGCCGAAAUAGAACGAAGUGGACGUAAAAGGGACGAAACGACGGAAUAG